AGCGGUGAUAAUAAGCCAAGCCCGUCGCUCUCCCAACUCUUGGUUGGGACCUCUGGGUUCUUCUGGGCUGGGCUCGAUCCACCCGCUAGAACCCCCCGCCCAUUUCAACUCCAUUUGGGGUCCCUCCUCCUCCUCACCCCCGGGUUCGGCGAAUCAACUGCCAGUCGCCCUGGACAAGCGAGCUAGUGCGAAAUGCCAGACCUCAGGCUGUACGCACUGGGAAUAGCUGCGGCCGUGGUGACCACGGGUGUGGCCUACGCCCUGUGGACCUACGUCUCCGCCCUGCGCCCGGCGAGGAGGCCACACCUGCCCGGACCCGAGGCUGCAACUCCUGCGCGCGGGCGCGCAGAGGAAAGAAAGCAAACAGGAGCGGUGGAAAUGGAGAAUGUGAAGAAAGGGAAGACUAAGGAAGUGGCGAAGGAGAAAAUUAAGGUGAAAGGAAAAGAGGAGAGAAAGAAAGAAGUGUCAAAGGGGAAAGAGAAAGGGAAGGAGACAGCAGCCAAGAAUGAGCAAUUUAAAGAAAAACCAGAGGUAGAGAAGAGCGACAGCACCAAGUCAGAGACGCCUCUGGAGUCAUCCGUAGAAAACCAGGACAAAAAUAAGCAGAUCCUAGUUCUAGGCCUGGAUGGAGCAGGGAAAACCAGCAUCCUCGACUCUCUAGCUUUAAACAAAGUCCAGCAUAGCAAGGCACCCACCCAAGGUUUCAAUCCCGUUUGCAUCGACAUUGAAGACAACCAGAUGGAGUUCCUGGAGAUUGGCGGCAGCGAGCCUUUCCGUUCCUACUGGGAAAUGUACCUGUCCAAGGGAUUGUUGCUGAUCUUUGUGGUGGAUUCAGCAGAUCACAAUCGAUUACCUGAAGCCAAAAAAUUCCUUCAUCAACUAACAGAAGCAAAUCCAAUCCUUCCUCUGGUUGUGUUUGCACACAAACAGGAUCUCGAGGCAGCCUAUCACAUUACAGAUAUCCACGAAGCAUUAGCAUUAUCUGAGGUGGGAAAUGACAGAAAAUUGUUCUUGUUUGGAACUCAAGUGACCAAGAAUGGCGCAGAGAUACCUUCUACUAUGCAAGAUGCCAAAGACCUGAUUGCACACCUGGCUGCAAAUGUGCAGUAAGCAGGACGAGGCCCACUGUAUGACUAACCACCUACAUGUCAUUGGGGAAUGCUGAGUGGCAGGCUUGAAACCAAAGGUUUCCACUUUCGAUUAAAAAAUAAGACAUUUUC